UUAAUUAAGUUGAUCAUAACUGUAACUCAGCUGGGAUUUGCUGUCCGACUAGACAGGCCACUGUAAUUCAUGUAGUUAGAUCUUAAGUGGGUUUGCACACUGCAGCCUUAAUCUCUCGCUACUAUUAAACGUGGAGCGACAAACCUGGAGAGCUCUCCACGUCCAGACCGGUCCCGCACGCUCUUAUUCGCGCCGCUUCUUUGCUGCAUUUGAUUCCGGUACUUACAGAAUUCAUCUCGCGAAAGUUUAAAGACUUUUUCAAAACUUCAAGCUUGUGUUAAACUCGGUGGUCUCUCGUUGGAGUUGCUUUCUUCAAGGUUUUUAGUUUCCGUUCUGUUACGCGCCGGAUAUGUGGUGGAUGCUGUUUCCCCGAUGGAUUUGGUUUCUUCUGGGACAUUAUUACACUAUACUCCUUUAUAUGGGCAGUUGCCGUGUGCGAGCGAUGCCUAUGUCUGUGGCCAAAGUGGUCUACUCUCAUGCAGGUCUGUGCCCGAAUGACCUGAACCCAAACCUGUGGGUGGAUGCUAUGAGCACCUGUAUGCGCGAGUGUGAAUCUGACCAGGACUGUGAGACAUUUGAGAAGUGCUGCCCUAAUGUUUGUGGUAACAAGAGCUGUGUGGCAGCACGCUACAUAGACAUCAAGGGAAACAAGGGCCCCAUUGGAAUGCCGAAGGGUGCCACCUGCGACAAGUUCAUGUGCUCUCAGCAAGGGUCCGAGUGUGACAUCUGGGACGGCCAGCCUGUUUGUAAGUGCCGGGACCGCUGUGAGAGGGAACCCCACUUCACGUGUGCGUCUGACGGCAUGACAUAUUAUAACAAGUGCUACAUGGAUGCAGAGGCCUGUUCCAAGGGUAUCUCUAUCUCUGAGGUCACCUGCAGGUACCACCUGACCUGGCCGAACACCAGCCCAAUCCCUGCAGAGACUACCCUACAUCCCACCACUGCCCUCCAGACCACCCUCCCAGCUGACAUCCAGCUCCCCACCAUACACAGUGGCCCCACCCAACUGACUGUCUUCGUUGGAGAGACGGCCAGCUUCCUGUGUGAGGUGUCUGGGAAGCCACGUCCGGAAAUCACCUGGGAGAAACAACUGAAGGGCAAAGACAACACCAUAAUGAGACCCAAUCAUGUCAGAGGGAACGUUGUGGUUACUAACAUUGGCCAGCUGGUCAUAUACAAUGCGCAACUUCCGGAUGCCGGCAUCUACACGUGCACAGCCAAGAAUGUUGGGGGAAGUGUAUCAUCACACUUUCCCUUGGUAGUGAUCAGGAGAGAAGUGAAAGGUAAGAAUGCAGAGGUGAAUAGUACCAACCUUCCUUUUCCAGCUGAAGAAUGCCUUAAGAGCCCAGACACAGAUGACUGUGGAGAGGAGAGCAUGAGCUGGUACUAUGAACCAAAGAGGAACAAUUGUUUCACCUUCACGUACAGUCAGUGCAAUAAAAACCGUAACCAUUUCGACACCUACGAAACCUGCAUGCUGUCAUGUGGAGGAGAACUAGCGGCUCCCUGUAGCCUACCGAGUCUCCAAGGGCCUUGCAAGGCUUAUGAGCCUCGCUGGGCCUAUAGCAGCAGCCUCAAAAAGUGCCAGUCCUUCGUCUAUGGAGGCUGCGGCGGCAACGAGAACAACUUUGAGUCCAAAGAGGCCUGUGAAGAGAUGUGCCCCUUUCCGAAGAACCACAACUGCAAGAUGUGUAAACCUCGAGGCAAGAUGGUCACCAGCUUCUGCAAGAGUGACUUUGUGAUCCUGGGGCGUGUGACUGAGCUGACAGAGGAGCAAGAGUCAGGCCAUGCUUUGGUGACAGUGGAGGAGAUCUUGAAGGAUGAGAAGAUGGGUCUGAGGUUCUUUGGCAAAGAACCGUUGGAGGUGACUCUUUUGAACAUGGACUGGAACUGCCCCUGCCCCAAUAUCACUGUGGCUGACGGGCAGCUCAUCAUCAUGGGAGAUGUUCAAAACGGGAUGGCCAUUCUGCAGCCCGACAGCUUUGUUGGCUCCUCCAGCACUCGCAGAAUCAGGAAGCUUCGUGAGGUUAUCCACAAGAAAACCUGUGAUUUCCUCAAAGAUUUCUCUGCCGUCCAGUAGAAUCUUUUAAAAUCUCACACUCCGUGACAGUCAGUUAUGUUGUUUUCAGAUUAUUCAAAGCUCCAGUGACCUCACCUGUCAGACCGACUGCCAGUAAACCCGAAACUAACUUAUUGGAGGUUUUGUUGCUUGUUUCAGAUGUUUUUCUUUCCUUAUUUCACUCCUUAUUGCUCAGUAGUCUUAAAAAAAAAACGUUAUAAUCACAUCAUUGUUGUAAUUGAUCAUUACAGAUGCUGUGUCAAAACUGUCCUAUUUUUCAAAAAUUAGAAUCAAGCUUUGACAGUUUUUGCCUUCACCACCAGCGGCACAUUGUCUGAAAAUGGCAAGUGGAAUAGAAAUAGUCACGCGCAUUUACCCUGUACAAAGUAUUUAAUCUUUUAACUGUUUAUUAAAACAACAUUAUAGUUUUCUCUACACUAAUAUUAUUCAUUUAGAAGUAUGUUUUGAUAUAAUUGGCUUGUUUGCUUUGUGUUUAUGUGGGACCUCGCAAAACUGACAUUGUACAACAACUGUCCAGAGCUCUUGAGCUCACAAUAAUACAAUGUGAAGCCUCAGUUUAUCUACCAGAAUCAAAUAAGCUCUUUGGUUCCAUUUUUUUGUGGAAUCUAUUUUAAUAAGUUUUUUAAUUUACAAUGCAGAAUAUGUAUGUGGACUUCUGUACUUAGUAUUUAUUUUUCUUGAUCUAUUUCUUAUAGGGUUAUGGCCAGUGGACAUGUGUGUAUGUAUGUAUAUGUGUGUAUGUAUGUAUAUAUAUAUACACACACACACACACACACACACACACACACACCACACACACACACACACACACACACACACACACACACGUGUACAGUAUAUAUACAUAUAUAUAUGAGUGUAUGUAUCUCUGAAUCUAAUUACCUAGAGAACAGAGCACAUAUUUUUUAUGUUGUCUAUGAUAUAUUAGUGCUCAUUGAAACUUAUAUGGAAUAUGAUGGCAAAAUAAAUAAAGGUGAUUAAGAAAACGUUAUUGUUUCCUUGCUUUUUUAAGUUGUAUUUUCCCCUCUGCUAGAGACAAAAUACCCGACAUGCUCACAGUUUAUGAAAAGACCCGUGUGGGCAGUGCAUGUGCCGGUCUGUAGCUGACAUCCCUUCAUCCAUGUCCUCCGCCUUCCACUUGUAUUUCACACACACAGGGCCUAGUCUGGCAUUAAAAUCUGAAGCAGGUCACAUUCCAGCCCAGCUGUGGUGGCCUGCAGAGCUGUGUGUUGUGUUGUGUCUGGGUCUGGGGCCCUCGCAUAGCACACACCCCACCGGCCAUCCAUUGGCCUUGUGCGGCCCCUUUCAUGUGCAAGAGGCCGGGGUGAAGGGGAUGUUGGCUGAAUCUUUCUCUUUCCCUCUCUGUUGGCCACAUCUGUGUUAAAGGGGCAUAAUAGAGAACAGAGAGAGGAAUGGAAGGAGAGUAAAAGGUCAAGUAGAAAUAGAGGACUGUGAGCCCUGAAAUUCAACCAAAGUAAGGAUAGAGCUUGAAACUUGUCUCUAUUAACACGCAAUCAUUCUGUAGAAUUUCUCUCUUUACAUGCUGAGAUUGUGGCCAACUCCUAAUGUGGAAGAGAUAAGGACACUGGAGAAAUGAAAUCAUUCAUGAGUAUAAAGGUGCAAACAGUUAGGGUAGUCAAACACUAGAACUCUGGGAUA